CUAGGCUCCGCCGGGCGCUGCGCUCCAGUCGCUGAGCAGGUCCGUGAGUUGUGAGCGCACUCCAGGCGACUGCCGAGCGGGGCGGGUGCCGGGCUUCUGCAGCGCUACCCUGAGGUGCCUGCCCGAGCCGAUGUGCCCUGCUUCGCUGGGGCGUGAGCAGCCACCGGUUCGGGACAACUUGGGACCGAGGACCUGCGGCAGAGCGUCGGUUGGCGACCCAGAGUCAGCAGGAAGGAUGGAAAUCCUCUAUCAAUGUGGAAGCCAUUAACAGAGUAAUUGCUGUCUGUUGCCAUGACAACCAGCCGCUGCAGUCACCUGCCCGAAGUCCUGCCAGACUGCACCAGUUCAGCUGCACCCGUGGUGAAGACCGUGGAGGAUUGUGGCAGCCUAGUGAAUGGGCAGCCACAGUAUGUCAUGCAAGUUUCAGCCAAGGACGGGCAGCUGCUGUCAACAGUAGUGCGGACUCUUGCCACCCAGAGCCCCUUCAAUGACCGGCCGAUGUGCAGGAUCUGCCAUGAAGGCAGCAGCCAAGAGGACUUGCUCUCUCCAUGUGAAUGUACGGGGACCUUGGGGACAAUUCAUCGGAGCUGCCUGGAACACUGGCUGUCGUCCUCAAACACCAGCUACUGUGAACUCUGCCACUUCAGGUUUGCAGUGGAGCGAAAACCCAGGCCGUUAGUGGAGUGGCUCAGAAACCCUGGCCCCCAGCAUGAGAAGCGGACUCUGUUUGGAGACAUGGUGUGCUUCUUGUUUAUAACCCCCCUGGCCACCAUCUCGGGCUGGCUGUGCCUCCGGGGCGCCGUGGACCACCUGCACUUUAGUAGUCGGCUCGAAGCCGUUGGACUGAUUGCACUCACUGUCGCACUCUUCACUAUUUACCUCUUUUGGACACUAGUGUCAUUUAGGUACCACUGUCGAUUGUACAAUGAAUGGCGUCGGACCAAUCAGAGGGUGAUUCUCCUCAUUCCAAAGUCUGUCCACGUACCUUCUAACCAGCAAUCCUUGCUGGGCCUCCACUCAGUCAAAAGGAACUCAAAGGAGACAAUUGUUUAAUGUUCUAGUGGUUGACUGGUGGAUUUGUUGUUUGGGGUUUGGAAGUUCCUGCACUGGGACCAUGCACUGAGAUACCCAAGCCCGUCCUUGAUCUUGUGGGUCAAAGAACAUCCAGAACUGCAUCAGCACAUCGCCCGAGCAAUGAACUCCACCAGAAGAAAGCAAAUGCUGUUUUACUUCAAAUUGUGGAUGCUGCAAUCAUAUGAUAUUUGCUAAGCUGCCAAACAUGUUUAUUUAGCAGAUACUGUAUGGAAUUUUCUGAACACCUCUUUAACAUAUGAGGAAGGUUGUCCUGCUAAGGAUGCAAUUCAAUUCUUCCUUUUUUACUAUUUCGAAUAUUUAUAUAUAUACAUAUAUAUAUAUAUGUAUAUAUAUAAAACUUAGAUGAUAAUCAAAAUCUAAAAGCCAAUGUAAAAACUGGUUUCUUGGUUUGGAUGGUUUUAUUUGGGUUAGUUUAUUUGUUUCCCAGUUUAUAAUGUGGAUUCUUUGGGGUAACUUGAUAGCUUGAGUGAUCUUUCCAUCUCUUUCACAUCCUUUAUUCAAGGAGACAGCAUAAUGACUGCAGACUAAGUCAUAUUUGAAGGAUGUUUUGUACUAAACCUCAUGUAAUUAUUCAGUUUUUAAAGGGGAAAAAAGGUGUGGCAACUCUCCACACGGUGAGCUGUUUAUCUAAAUGUUAAGGAAAAAAUUAUGGUGAGAAGCACGCUCCUUUCGACUUGUUUGGUACUGACAGCUGAUAGAAGCUAUUUUCUAAUAAUAAAUAUCCAGUGUGUGAAAGACAAGCCCUGCUGAUUGCAAUACUCUUUCUUUUUUAAUCCUAAAACCUGUGAGCUUCCCCAAGUAGGUUUUAAAAAGGAAAAGCAAAAAGGUUGGCGUUCCCACUCCUGUCUCAUUUAGUGCAUGUCUUAAUUCCGCAUUCGUAAUGAAUUGGAGGAUCAUUAGACAUUUCUAGGAACCCUAGACCUGUUUUGCAUAUCAAUUAGCAUUCUCAUUGCUCUAUUGAAUUUCUAGCUUGACAGGUAGAUGUGAAAAAAAAAAACAAAACCCUGUCCUAGAAGCCCUGCACUUACUCUAAGACCCCCUUUGUCUGAUUUUUUUUUUUAAAAAGCCCCACACAGUGCCUUUUCCCAACUAUGAGCCAAUUCUGUCGCAGGCAGACACAGAUUUUUCUAAGCGCUUCACGUGCCCUUUAUCCAUCUCAGCGUUGGGGGUCACCAGUAGGCUGCUCUGUGGCCUCAGAGGACACUGGUGGGAUGGCGCUGGGCUCCUGCCGUCUCCACCCACACACACUUGAAAAGGAGGGCCCAGCUUCCGGGCACGCUGAAACAUGGAUUUCUAGAACAUGACCCACAUUCUGAGUAUCCAGCUAUGCGCCCCACUCGGGAGAGUAAAGAGCGCAGAGGCACCGGCAGUCGAGGAGGGCGAGUCCGGUCUGCAGACUGAUGGAUGCAGGUGGUCCUUUGUCGGGCUGAGCCUCCAUUCACAGGCUGCUCCCCACGAGGCCCGGAGACAGAAACAGCUGUGCUGCUCGCCACUGCAAAACUCAGAUGUGCUUUAUAGCUUGUGACAAUAGAUUUCCUCCCCACCACGCUUCACCUCGACACUUCAAUUCCAGUAAUCUACGUCUCAGCCCUUCUGUUUACGUGGCCCUGCUCACCCCUCUGGGCUGUCAUUAACUGCAUCACCAUCAACCGUUUCUUAAUUGACCUUUUUAAAAUGCUGGACACCACUGGUUGUGAGCAGCUGUCACACAUUAAAUUUCCACAGCAAAGAGUCCGACUUGGUAGCGUGUGAACUGCACCACUGUAAUAUACUUGAUAAAUGACAUGUCCACCCAGCCUGGGUCCCUGGUCUGUCAGCUGACCCAGCGACACCUCGAAACCAAAUGGUACAACCUUCACUAGAGGACCACACUCCUCUUCCAUGAAUUACAGAAUCAGGAUCGGUUCCUGUUUGAAGCUGCCUGCAGAGAAUUCCUGUCUUGGGUCAGGAGAUGACGGAGAUGACAUAAAGAUACUGCCUGUCAGAGUCCUGGGCAGCUCCCCAGGCUUCCAUGCCAGGAAGGGUGGCCCAUUCAUACUGUGUCUGUGAUGUGUCUCUUUACCCCAGAUUUGCAUCCCCACCCUGCCAGGGGAUGCAGAGUCCAAGCUGCACGUGGAUAGUGGGCAGGCCACCCCUGGCAGCCAAGAAUCCUCUCACAAGCUACGAGCUGGACCUCCUUGUGAGACGCUGUGAUCUCUGUCAGCACCACAGCCCAUCUGGGUUCUGGGCCGUCCAGAUGACAGUCCAUCCCCUUGAUCUUUGAACCCCGAGGUCCUUCAAGGUAGCAGAGUCUAGGGAACCACAAUGCAGGCACCAGGACACCCCGCCAAAACACAGGGACAGGUGGGCCUGCAACCCAGCCUCUGCUCCUCUCUUCCCUGCCGUUGACAUGGAAAGGGCUGGGUCCUCCUGAGGAAGGGCAUCCAUUGCUAAUUGGCAAGAGGGUGCCCUGUGAAUUACCAGCCACCUUGCUAACUUGGAUUCUUCCUUUGCCUCUUUGCUUUUGAAAGGUCAAGAGUGAGUGCAUGUGUCUCUGAAUGUCCUCAUCUGGUAAAAGGACAGAGGACCCAGAGCAGCUGCACAAAUUCUACAGCUCCACAGAGAACUGGGCAGACUCUCAGAAGAACUGUAAAAUCCAAUUAAGGAAAACUAAAUGGCAUGAUUUGGAAGUUACUUCAAUUUGUCUUUUGUUGUCCUGGUUCUCUCCUGCCCCAAGUACUGAGGCUUUGCCACAGAUUGUCACUUUCAGCUGAGCUGUGGCCACAGUCAUUUCAUUUUCAGUGAAAGUAACUCAUCUAGGGCAUGGAAAAGACAAAGGAGAAAAUGUAAGUGAAACCGCAGUUCAGUCAACUGGGCCCUUCAGAGAGUAGCCAGCAGCAGGCCCCACUUCCUCGAGGGCCGCUGUUUCCCUCUGGCCACUGGCUUCUGGCCAGCUCUGGGUCUGAGCCUGCGCCACACCUCUGGCCCUCCUAGUUGAAUUCUGCCAACAGAUUACAGAGCUGCCCACACUCAGAAUAUCCAAAAUGGAAAGAACCCGAGGAGAAGAGAGCUAGGAAAUGAGAUUGCAACUGCUUCCUCCCUACUUCAGUGGAGUUCUGAGAAGCUGCCUGAAGGUCACCCGCAUGACUUGUAGUCCCAGGUGCUAGAGAAGGCAGAGCUUCGAUUCAGAAGCCUGGAGUAGGAUGGGAUUCCAGCCAGCAGGUAGGGACAGGGUUAGGGAUAACUUUAGAAAAAGUAGGUAUGGGCCGGGGAUUUAGCUCAGUGGUUUCGCCACCUGCUGCGCAGGCGCAAGGACCCAAGUUUGAUCCCCGGUACCAAAAACAAAAAAAAGCAGGUAGGGGUCACAGUGGACCUGGCUGGACAUCAUCCUUCUUAGCCAUACACAUGGAGGCUCUGCUGCUGCCCGGAAGCCUCGUGAGGCCUGGUGGUGCCAAGGCUGGAGUCCUGAGAAACUGACACUCCAGGUACUGAUGGCUGGGCAACUGCUGGCUCUCCGAAUGUGUCAGUCCUGCAGAAACACAAGGGCUGCCACUCACCUUUUGGGCUUCACAAUAGUCUGUGUCUAGAAGUUGGCUUUGUGACAUUUUGCUUUCACUUUUCAGUCAUUCUGGCAUGAUUCUGGCUGCUUCCCCAGUGCAGCAGGAAUGAAAGAAAACCAGCUAUGGAGUCAAGACUACCCAAGUUCAGAUGCUGACUCUGCAAUAUCCCACUUGCCAGUUGUGGAAAAAUGAUUCACCCAUCUAAGCUUCAGCUUUUGCCUCUGCAAAAUGGAGACAUCAUCUAUCUUAGCUAUCUAUAAGAUCUGCAAGUCUUAGCUCCCUGCAGUUCAUGAAUGAACAGUGGUACUCUGCUCUUUCUUGCUUUCUGUGCUUUGUUGCUACCACCUGGGUUAUUUUGUCCUAUCCUGAAAUUCACCAAAUACUUUUGAUAAUCAAUCUUGUGUUUUGUUUCAUUUUGUUUUUGGUACCAGGGAUCGAACUCAGGACCUGGCAUUUGCAAGGCAGGCGCUGGAACCACUGAGCUAAAUCCCCGGCCCUACUUUUGAUAAUCAAUUUGAAAGACCAUAAGCAAAUUGUUUUAAAUUCUUUUCAAAAAGAAGAGAGGCUAUUUAUUGAGCAUUGUGUGUAGGAGCAAAAAGAACUAUAAAAGACCCCUCUGAAGGUUGAAAUUAUUGACUUGUUUGAAAUCUUUGCAUUCUGUGUAGAUUUUGUUUUUCCUUGAAUUUCCUGAUACUGGAGUGUAUGGCUAAUUGAGAAUUCAUUGCAGAUAAAAAUUUGCUAGUUCUGAGUCUAGUGCUACAGAGGAAAACAAAUGUAGCUCCUCAGCUGUCUGUGUUCCCAGAAAUGAGGGACCCACGAGCCACUAAAACUGUUCAUCUGGGGCCUUCUUGGAGGUUCUGGUUCCAUGCAUGGAGACAAAAGAAAGAGAGUCGGUUUGGGGAGCCUAGUCUGUUUGGAAACACUCAUUUUUUCACCUUCCAGGGUCAGAGUUUCCCCAUCAAGGAAAUGAAUAGAUAGUCCCCAGCAGAGAUUUUACUUAACCAUAAUUGUGAAUAUCUGGGGGCAAAGAAUUAAGUUAAUCAUAUAUUUUGGUCCUAACACAAUUUCUUCUCUUUUUCUUUCUCUCUCUCUCUCUGCAGGGAGAAGGAUUGGGAGGCAUAAAUUUUUUAUCUUAUCUGCUUUACCUUACACACUACAGUUCCCAGUCGUGGGCAUCCAGAUGCUGUAUUAAUCACCCUUCUCGCCUUGGAUUUGUUUCAGGGUAUUACUAUGGAGACAUCCAUCAGUGUAUUCUCUAUAAUCGAAGAGCAAAUUUUUACUGGCUUAUUAUAAAAGAUAUUACAAAGGAGAUUGAUGAACACCUGCUGAAGAAACACAGGGCAUGGUAUGGAAGCGGCAGUGAGGAUGCUCCCUGCCCUUUAGAGUGUGCCACCUGCCAGGACCUCCCAGGCUCAGCUGUCCAGAAGUGCCCUGCCACACACUCUGUCACCAUUGCUCUGGCCAGGUCCAUGUCCUUUUUUAUUCCACAAAUAAAUAUAAAGUGUCAGGCACUUCCCACAAGCCAUCAGCCAUAUAGCACUUGAAAUUUUUCCUCUUUUAAUCCUCGUAACAACUUUUUAAUCUAUGGCUAUAAACACAAAACUCAGUGAUCUAAGACCACUUAAUCGAAUCUCACCAUUCCAUGGGUCAGUCAGCUCAGGCCCUGCUGGGCAGUCUGUGGCAGCACCUCUUCCAGUGGUCAUAUACAGUCAUAUGUAUGACACAGGUACUCCUCCAUGUGGCCUGUCUCUCUGCACAGCAUCUCAGCUUUAAAACGUCUCUCUACCCAUUGCUGCUCAGGAACCCAAGAAGAAAGACUUCUGUCCCUUUCAUGCAUCCUGGGCUGGCAAAUCCCAGAGCAGCACUUUCUCUGCACCCUAUUGGUCAAAGUAGGCAUAGGCCCUGCUCUUGUGUGGGGAGCCACUCAGACAGGGACAAAAUGGUUUGAGCCAGUUGUAGCUCAGCCACCAGACCCUGUUUAUGGGUGGGAACAUUUAACUAGAGAAGUAGUUACUUGCCUGUAGCAGAGCUAAUAAGAAGCAAAGCUGGGAUUCAGACCUACCUCAGGAACCUAUGCUCCUAAUCCCUGUGCCACAUGCCUCUAGUGGGCACUUUCAAAUAUUUCCCUUCAUUUCUAAUCUCCAUUUUGCUUCCUUUGUGAAACACCCACUGUACUGGUUGAUACAUGACCUGAAUUUGUACCUCUGUAUACUGUUUUGUGUAUAUCUUAAUUUACAUAAAGGGUCUUAAACUUUUCA